AUGCCAAGGAAGAAGAGACAGAACGAUGAGAACAGCGGCUGUGAACGGAUUAUUCCCCUGGGAGCAUCGUCCGACAAGAGCUCGAGCGCAUCAUAUCCUGGGAACACCAUCUCCACCUCGAAGUACAGAUGGUGGUCAUUUCUUCCGCUGGUGACCUUCGAGCAGUUCCAGAAGAGAGCCAAUUUGUAUUUUACAUUUAUCACACUUUUGAUGUAUGUCGGUGAGCACAGUACGUUCAUUGACUCAACCGUCUCAUGGUGGUCAACGGCAGCAGUUCUAAUUCCGAUGAUGGGCUUGAGUAUGAUCAUCUCCGGAUUGGAUGACUUGCGGCGGCACCAGUCGGAUCGUCAGAUAAAUUCGCAGCAAGCCAGAGUCAUCCGACUGGGUGGCAAAUACGGAGUUUAUCUGGACACCGUUCUGUGGAAGAACAUUCAUGUUGGGGAUGUCAUCGUGCUGAAAAGUGAUGAGGAGCUUCCAGCUGACAUCGUCCCGUUGGCGUGUUCUGGCAGUGACGGCCAGUGUUAUGUGUCGACCGCAAACCUUGAUGGUGAGACCAAUCUGAAGAUCAAGGCAUGUGCCACUGAAGCCCAGGCCUUUCUCUGUGAGGGCCAUGCCCAUGGACCCCCUUUGUUGGAUCAGGCCGUAGAGAAGCUGGCCGUGUUGGAUGCCGCCCUUAGCGUCGAGGCACCGAGCAAGUCCAUCACUAAGUUCUCCGGAUCCUUGAACAUCAAUCAUACCGGUGUUCAGUCUACUUCCUCCCUGUCUGCCAGCAAUUUGCUUCUGCGGGGCACCCGACUGCGCAACACUGCCUGGCUCUUUGGCUCUGUCGUCUACACGGGACCGCAUACAAGGAUGGUGAUGAAUUCUCGUGACAUUCCCACGAAGAUGGCUAAUUUGGAGCGGGUUGUCAACAGGGCGAUGCUGGUGGUCUUGGGUGCACAAGCGCUGUUGUCCAGUCUCAGUUCGAUUCUCUACGUCUCCACCGAGUAUCGGUUUCGGACGUCUUGGUAUCUGUAUCCCUCCGGAACCUGGGUGACAGAAGGGGUUGCUUCUCGACUUGUGGCGAACUGGUUCAAGUUUUUCAUUCUGUAUUCGAAUCUGAUGCCCAUUUCGCUGUAUGCAACUAUGGAGAUCUGCAACUACGCGCAAGCAUUCUUCGUAAAGAGCGACCUCUUGAUGUACGACGAAGAGCAGGAUUGUCCUGCAGCUGUUCGGUCAACGAACCUGUGCCACGAACUUGGACAAAUUUCCUACAUUUUUUCAGAUAAGACGGGGACGCUGACGCAGAACGUGAUGGAGCUUAAGCGUGUUUCGAUUUCGGGCCAGGUGUUUGGCGAGGUAACAGAAGAGCCAGGCUUCUCAGAUGUUGCUGGCGUUCACGCCUGGCGGCAGAUGGGCAAUCAGAAGCACGUCGAUGCAUUUCUGGAGAUCCUGGCAGUCGCACACACUGUCAUGGUGACGACCGACAGGAAGGGCAGCCAGUGCUACGAAGCGGAAAGUCCAGACGAAGGUGCAUUGGUUGAAGGAGCCAAGCAGAUGGGAUGGCACUACUGCAGUCGCACCGCAGAUUCCAUCGCGAUAGACAUGUACCGCCAGUCGCAGACAUACAAGAUCUUGGGUGUCAAUACCUUCAAUUCCACGAGGAAGCGCAUGUCCUCUUUGGUUCGAACAGCCAGCGGAGAGACCUGGCUUCUGGUGAAAGGCGCCGACAAUGUGAUGAUGGACAGGGCGGAGCAUGUUCCAGCCUGGCUAACGCAGAGCUUGACGAACUUUUCACUCAGUGGUUUGCGGACCUUGGUUCUGGGACGCCGACGCUUGGAUGAGCAAGAGGUCCAAGCCUGGCUCCAGACCUACGAUGCAGCGCAGUGCGCCCUCGAGGAUCGAGAUGCAAAACUGGAGGCGGCCGCUGAGCAGAUUGAAGUGAAGCUUCAGAUGGUCGGAGUUACGGGCAUUGAAGACAAACUCCAGGUUGGCGUUCCAGACACCAUUACGAAGCUGAGGGAAGCAGGCAUUCAGCUUUGGGUUCUGACCGGUGACAAGCUGGAGACCGCGAGAAACAUCGGGUUCAGUACCAAUCUUCUCAGUGCCGACAUGGACAUCCGCGUCUUGGAGCAAUCUGAGAAUGUCAGGCAUGCCUUGCAGGAGCUUGCUUCCACAGCCCUGACGCCGGAUGAGGGCGGAGAUUCCGCGCUGAUGGUGACGGGCGCAGCUUUGGAACAGGUGACAUCAGUUGGUCUUCUGGAGGAGUUUCUUCAGGCGUCGAGUGUCUGCAGCGUGGUGAUUGCCUGCCGCGUUUCUCCACUUCAGAAGGCGCAGCUGGUGCGCCUGGUGCGCGAAUCAUCAGAUCCGCAACCGGUCACGCUAGCAAUUGGUGACGGUGCCAACGACGUUCCCAUGAUCCAAGAGGCUCAUGUCGGCGUGGGCGUGUCUGGUAAGGAAGGUCGUCAAGCUGUGAACGCAUCCGACUUCGCGAUUGCUCAGUUCAGAUUCUUGGAGAGGCUUCUUCUAGUUCAUGGUCGCUGGGACUACCGCCGAACCUGCAAGUUCAUCUUGUACACAUUCUGGAGAAAUGCAAUCAUCACCAUGUUGUUGUUUUACUACACGUUCUUCUCCGGAUAUUCUGGCACCUGUAUGUUCACGAGCACGGUCUGGACAUCCUUCAGCAUGAUCCUUUUCUGGCCGAUCAUUGCAACCGGUAUCUCUGACAGAGAUGUGACGGCCAAGCAGGCAGUGGAGCACCCGUCGCUGUAUGAAACCGGUCGUCUAGGUCUCGACUUGAACAUAACGAAGAUGGUGGAAAUGUUGCUCUCGGCUUUUGUUCAUUCCUUUGUUAUCAUGACCAUUGCAGUUGUGGCUGUAAUGGACCUCGAUGUGGCAGCGACUGGAUCCUAUUACUCCUUCGGGUUCAUGGUGUCCUCCUGGGUAGUGUUGACGAUGAACUAUCGGGCCACCUUCAUCACCACUACGUACAACUUUGUGUUUCUUGCUGCUCUUGCAGUGUCUUUCCUCACAUACCUGCUCUUCGCCUGCGUGUACUGCAGCCUGCCGUCCAUGUUUCCGGAAGUGUAUGGAACUUUCCAGCACGUGGUUCGGAAUCCGGUCUUCUGGAUGGGAAGUCUCGCAGUACCGCUGCUUGCCGUGAUGAUCGACAUGUUCAAGGCAUACUUGAUGCUGGAGUUUUUUCCGGAUCAGCGCGACCUGAUCCUCGAGCAGAGUUUGCAGGGAAAGCUGUCAGAUAUCUUCCGUGACACGAAGCACGACCCGCAGCGGCGGGGUAGUCGAUCUUCCUCGUUCGACAGGAGUGCGACCUGGCACACGGGGGAGAUGUCGGCGAUCUCGUCUAGCUAUGCUUUCAGCUUCCCGGAAGGCCAGCGUGUGCAGUCCCUGGGGGCACUUCCGCGAUUGCAGAGAGACUCUGAUACGACGCUGCUCGACAAUUUGGCAUCGGGACGGCCGUCCCCAAGGCCAUCACCCAGCUUCGCAACCAUUGCAUCUUCCGACUCCGACUCGGGAGGCUCCACAGGCACUGGUAGCAGCGCCGCCGAGCCGAAGAAGCUUCAGAAGCCAAGAGCGAGCAACUUUUCUCAGCAGACCAUGCCUUCGGUACAGUUUGCUCUGAAUCGCAAAGUUGUCCUCGUGGCGCUCAUUUCCUCCGGUGUCCUCUUCGUAUUGAUGGGUUUCGCGACACUCCUCUAUUCCCUCAGCUCCUCGCAAUUCAGAGUAGUCUACGAAGCACCAGAUGAUUGGUACGUCGGUGCUGGGGAGAGCCGCUCGGCCAGGAGUCCAGAUUUUGAGAGGUCAUGCGUCCACUCAUGUCCAACCCCUGCAAAAGACAUUGAUGUUGCCCUCCCUCGUUUUGUGUGGAGUGUGUGGAAGAAGCAACGAAAAGGCCGGCACUUACUGCCGAGUAAUUCAAAAUGCCACAGCCCCUUGCAAGAUUUCACAUUGGGCUACAACAGCCAGCUUCCAGCGUCCAGAUUUCAGAUCGUGUCCACCUGCGUUGCCCUGCCGCAGUCUGCUAUGCGCAGAGACAUGUGCAUGCACCUGGUUUUGUGCGCAUAUAUACUGAUGUCUGCGUCUGUAUUAAUGAAGGCAUCAACACUUAGAUAUAUGUAUAUACGUAAGGUUUCUGUAUAUUUAUGGGCGCGUGGUUAUCCCCCCGUACAGUUUAGCAUCUUCCCCCCUGCACCGAGNNGAAUCUCAAUUUCUAGGGCUGCGGUUUGCGGUAAGGUAGUGGGGACUUGCAGGUAUUCGCAGUUUGUGCGGAAAGCAGCUAGCCAUUGCAACUUGAGAAUGAGUCAAACUAAACGUUCAGUAAAGACAUAA